GGACUUCUGCCAUUAUGAGGUUACUGUUGUCAGCAAUUAUUGCCCUCCUUGCAGCGGCUGUUAUUCUGCCUGUUACUGCAGCAAGAAAUUGCGGCGUUCCGAACAUUGAGCCGGAGCUUACCGAUAUGAACAUUAUCGGCGGCCGGAUAGCGCGACCAGGUUCCUGGCCGUGGCACGUUGGACUUUACCGGAAGCGAUACCUUCAUACUACACGAUGGAACGAUAGCAGUCAGUUUUGUGCUGGUGCGUUAAUCGAUCAGAACACAGUUGUAACUAGCGCCCAUUGCUUAAUCUACCCUGCAGAAACAAUACAGGUCCACCUUGGUGCUCAUCUGCGCCUGACAAGAGACAAAGGUGAAGAGAUUAUUGACGUGCAACACUACUGCUCGUAUCCGACGUUCAACGGCGGGAACGUUGACGACAUUGGCAUCAUUAAACUGAAGAGGCCCGUCACCUACACCAAAACGAUUAGCCAAAUCUGUCUGCCCGACAAAAACGAUGAGAUACGCAUUAGCGAAGACGAGGUCUACGUCACGGGCUGGGGCCACACGUCGGGAUACCUGAGUCGUCAGCAGUCCAACGAACUUAAACAAGUGAAGCAACAUAUUAUCACAAAGGAGGAAUGCCGAACCAUGCGUUCCAUGAAUGUGGAUAAAGUGAUCUGUUCGAAGCAUGAUUUAGGAUCGACGUGCACUGGAGAUUCGGGUGGACCUGUCGUCUUGGAACGUAACGGCCAUUGGCAGCUGCAAGGUGUGGUGUCUGGCGGACCUCCAAUAUGUGGCACGCCUGAUUGGCCCAUGUACCACACCGAAUUAGCCAAGUACAGGGAUUAUAUCGAUAGGUACAGAGCAGCUCGAGAUCCUGUCAACACUCCAGGACUUUGCAAAUCUUAAGUGAAACUGAGCUUCAUCGUAGAACCUCUCGAUUCGAUAUUUGUCGCUAAAUAUAAGGGUAUAUAUAUGCGGAUCUAAAAAUUGAUGUUUAGCUAUGGGAUAGCUAUGAGAUUCUUGCUGUUCUUACAAAUACUCUCUGCCGCUCAUGUAAAAGGCGUACAUAGUGGUUGUUCGAGUUCACUUGGAUUAAAAAUCUAUCCCAUGCAUAAAUAGACGAAUAGAAACGAUGUACCAGUAAAAAUAUAAAAAGUGCUUUAAUUUCAUUCAAGGUAUAUUAAACAUCUACAAAAAAAAACUGCUACGACGUCAGUUCUACUGUCUCAUUUUAAAUGUCUAAAGGGUACUUUAUAACCAACGUGGCGAUAUAUAUUCUUAUUUAGCAGAAAGUGUUACUUGCCAUUGCCUGAUCUGGUCCGAUUAAACAUAUGGUUUACAUGUACAUAUGGAGCAGUGUUCCCAAAAAUACACUUCCGGGCCCCUGUUAUGACACUUGCCUUUAAAUAGAAAUAUGUUCUGUACUUUUCCCAGUAGCUAAAGGCACAUCGCACUCUGUACCCGACUAAUCCACUGUUGAAGCGUUUUCCAUCAGUAGCUUUUAUACUGAGACCCAAAUAGUAGGCUUAAUUAAUUCGGGCAGUAACAUAAUAACUGGCAUAAGGGACCAGUACGGUAUAACACGAGUGAACACCUCUGUUAUCUGAGUUAUCUGGACGUGGAUAUUUCCCAAGGGAAGGCUGGCCUCCAAACCUGAUCCCUUAUAGAUAAGUACGCUUUUAUUCUUGCUCGUAAUAGCUGCUAAUAGUCUUAUUUACAAAAACGUUAACUUAUUUUUGCCUGCGUGUCGUCAUUGGCAUUGUACGUUCAUUGAUGCCUUUUUGAGGGUCGUCGAAGGUAGCCUUCAAAAGCCUUUGUUAUCUUACAUCGCUACAGCAUGCGCGCAUUUUGAUACUUACGCUGAUAAUCUGCUGAGUGUAAAGUAGUCGCCAAACCUGCGUCAAUUCGCUGUCACCUGAAACACACUUGUUAACAUUACGGACCCCUUUUAAAAAAGGGGUUAAAUUAGAAAAAGGGUUUAUCGCACAUGCGGACAAUAUGAUUUCUCAACUCCCGUAAAUGAAAUCGAAUGUAAAUAAAAUGUUUAACAUAAGAUUUUUAAAUCUAGCGAUGACGGCGGCAGCGGACACUCAGACAAAUGUUAUCCUAACCUUUGGGUCUUGCCCCAUGGGAUACCUGCCAAACAGACGGUUCAAGUUGUACUUGAAAGAGUGUAAAUUUUUUUUACAUUACACAUGUUGAAACAUGUGUCCCGCAUUUGAGUAAUAACACUAAUUUUGGCGUGUAAUAUACCAGUGCAUAGUUUGAUAUUAGAUGCCCGUAUUGAAAGUUUUAACGAGUCUUUAUAAAGUUUUGCCAAGCAUUUUAGAUUAGGAAUCUCAAAGAAAGAUUUCUACUCCCAAACACUGAGUUUACCUUCAAACAGCCAUCAUACAUCUAUUCUCUUUUUCAGGUUAGGAUCAAUAAAAGCUAUACCUGCGUGUAAUUUGCA